CUUACAAAGUAAUGUCGUUUCAUAAUUCACCCCAAGAUCAAAAGAAAUAAAUUAUAUUUUGAAUUUAAAACUAAAGCCUAUUUUUAAGAUCAUUAAAUUAAUAUUCUGGGUUCAAUAUAAGUUAAGCUUAAUUGGCAGAAUUUGUGGCAUAAUAUUGAUUACCACAAAAAUGUAUUAGGACUUGUUUCUCUUUUUCUUAAAAAAUUGUAAGUGCCUCACUGUUGCCUCACUGUUACCUUGAUUUUGUCUUGGAGGGACAAGACAAAUUAUUUUUUGUGGUUGUUGAAGGCUUGUCAAAGACAAGAACGAGACCAAGAUUCAUGUGAGCUUUUAUUGAGAUUUACGGAAAUGCAUACAGCACAGCCUGGUCUAUGCAAGAGACAACUUAGUGAUUUUGAACACAGGCUUUAUACCCAUGAGAAACGUGGAGAUGAGAAGCAAAUCUAAUAGAGAUAACAGUUUCAUUUUGCCACAGAACAUUCCAUUAGACUCCCUACACACAGACAACCCACAUACAUAGUGAUAAUCAUAAAAACAGAAAUAGCAGUUGGGUACUUUGUAUUUUGUGGGAAACAGACAGAAGAACAAGAACAUUAUUCAUUCAAAUACAGCCUUGGGUCUACAGAACACAGCCUUUGUUCCAUAAGCUUCUAUCAGUUCCUUGCUUCCCCUCCACCUGCCCAGAGUCUGGGACACUGGAGGCCCUCUGAGGGAAAAGUGAAACAGAGGACUAACAGAAAUGCUGAUUGUUGUAGACUGUCCCAUAACAGUGGUAAUCAAGAUUGUUCCACAGAUUGAACCUGGAAUAUUCCUUUAAGAUUUUCUUUACAUUGUGACAUUAUUUUCAUGACAUUUUAUCACAUUUUCCGUCAAAUUCUCAUUAUUGUAAUCCCAAAAACUCUCAUUACUUUAAUAAAGUAAUAAAAAUCAUCCUCUUCCGACACAAUGAUUAUUUUUUUUACUCUGAAUAUGACCCGGAAAUGUUGUUGACAGGUUUUAUGUGAUUCUGCGAAACAGAGUUAACCAAUGAAUGUAAUGUAGUCCUGGCAGUGAGAUGAUGAUGUUGUACAGUAUGAGUAUGUGUAGGAGAGAUAUUUUGCCGGAAGUGGGAUUGAGCUGUGUCUGCAUUCUAUCACAGGAAGUUAGAUGAACAUCACCCUGUUAAUAAGCAAGCUCUGGGAAACAGGAGGAAAUUGUGCAUUUGUGAGACCAAAGCCCAACAAAUAGCCCUAAGUCACUGGGAUCUAAACCGUCUUUAUAAACCCUGGAGAAUUAAUUCAGAGCUACUUGGUAGUGAUCGUGUAGACAGUGUUAUGUUGUUCUCAAUCCUGUUUUCCCACAAACUCCCCUUCUAUUGUUCAGAAAGGUGAAUACCACAUAUAUAAAGAGUUAUUGAAAACAUUACGUACUGAAGAAAACUUUUCACAGUGUGGUUUAAAGAAUGACAUUCAAAAACUAGAGUGUGGCAAGAAUAAUGACAGUUUAUCCAGAUGUAAUAAUCAAAACAUCAAACAUAUUGUUAGAGAUAUUCAAAUGUGAUUGGAUGGAUGGAUGGAUGGAGAAUGGAUGGAUGGAUGGAUGGAAGGAUGGUUGGUUGGUUGGUUGGUUGGUUGAUUAGUUGAUUAGUUGAUUGGUUGAAAGCUUCAGGAGGAGUAAUAAAUGUUGGUCUCGGUUUAGGGUUUUAAAAAAAAAAAACAAAAAAAAAAACUUAACCAACUUUGUAGAAUAACAGUAUGUUGGAUUUGUCAAACCAAACAUCCUCAGACUGUUAUAUAUCUACAUUUAUUUUCUUCUUUUAAUAGCUUCAGUGUAAUUAGCUAUUUUAUGUUAGUAGCUUGAAAUGUAGCUAACUACUUUUUUAAAGAGUAUCUUGACUGUAAUUUAACUCAUACUUUAACUUAUGAGUAGCUUGUAGCUUUUUACAGUUUCAAAGUAGCUUCCCAUUCCUUCCUUAUCUACUUAAACAUUUAAGGAGGUUUUCCUUGUCACUGUGGCCUUUGGAUUGCUCGCUGGUGUAUUUGUAAGGCAGUUUUCUUUAUAAAGUGAUUUUGAAACAAUAUAAGCAAUAUGCAAAUAAAAUGAAUUGAUUUGAAAUCCUCCAGAGUUGUCACAAACCAAACCGUGCUCAAGAUACCCAAGUCCGCAAUCAAAAGUCAGAGAUUUCGAUAUGAACAAACAUUUUCCAAGUUAUUCUAAGACCAAAUGAUUCAGACAAUGCUAUCCAUUUUAUAGGUCUGAACUUUUACUGUGUCAACAAUUGACUCAUUUGCAUCUAUAUUUAUUCCUCCAAAGAAAUUUUAGAAGAAACAUCUAAGACAAAGCUGAUACUUAAAUGAAGCAUAACCGAUAACUUCAUAGUUGCUUGAGCUAUUAGAGAGCAACAACUGAACAAAAUGAUUUUCCUCUGGGUUAUGGAUUUCCUGUCAACUUCUCCUGUAAUCACUAUGACAUCAAAAUAUGGAAAAAUUGCACUGUGUGGCACACACUCACAGUGCGUCAGCAGGUCUUCAGUCAUCACGGUGUGCAUUCAUGAUGAAAACACUCUUGCUUUGGCCUGAACCAGACUCCUGCAGAGCACUGUCCCUCAUCAGAGAUGCCAGCACACCUCCUGUUUCCCCUUCCCUGGUCGUGACACUUUGUACGGGUCAUUUAUGCAAUAAUCACCCCUCCACGCAAUGGCCGCGCCCCUGGGGAGUGUAGCCUCCCUAUAACCUCUCCACUUGGCACACAGAUCACUCAGAUCACUGAUCACACUUUUCUCAGAAGAUCCGAGAGUGCAGACUUCACCAACAUGGCAAGAGUCUGGAUGCUGCUGCUGCUGCUUUUGAAUAUUUUGUUCAUGUGUAGUCUAUCUAUGGAUAUCCAGUUGAUCAAAGUGCACCCUAAGCAAGCCAUCUCUGGUGUAUUUGAAGCAACCCUCGGAAAUGAAUAUGCCUUGAACGCAUCAGCAGCCAGAGAUAUUUGUGAGCAUCUAGGUGUGACUAUUGCAAACAAAGCACAGGUAGUGGAGGCACAGAAACAUGGACUGGAAACAUGCAGGUUUGGCUGGAUAGAUGAGCAAAUUGCUGUUAUUCCAAGAGUUCAGGUUAAAUCAAGCUGUGGCAAUGGUGAAACUGGGGUUAUCGUGUGGCGUGCUGAUCUCAGUAGGAAAUUUGAGGUCUUUUGCUUUAAUUCAACAGAUUUCGAGGCCCAAAAUCAGGCUUCCAUCAUGACCGCAGACCCCAAAUCCACAAGGAAGCCAGUAGCAACACAUUCAUCUGUUUCUCCCAUGACUCAAGCUGGAGUUCAUCUCAGGAAAACCCCAUUUUCAAAACCAUCUUCUCAAUCGUCUCCUCGCCAAUCUUUCUCUUCCUCCGUUCCUCCUGAACUCUCCCACAGUCCCUCCCUAAACCAGAUGGAUGAUGAAAGGAAACAUUUGCCCAUGAGUGGUACCCCAGCAUCAAUAGGCGCUGUUCCAGCUGCACUACUGAUCACAGUCACCUUUGCCGUCCUGCUUGCUGUAUUUCUGGGACUUUACUAUUUCAAAAUGAACAGACCCCGCUGGACUCUCUAUGAUGCAGAGCAGCAGAAGGAGUACAUUGAGACGGAGGUUUGGGAGCACUGUGAUAAGAAAGACCUCCAGAAACCACAGGAGGAAAACCAUGAGGAGAAGGAGGAGGAUGUUCACAACAACAUCAGUGACAGUUCUUCAGACAAAGACUGAAACUAUUUCCUGAUACCUCACCGCCUGUGCUAUUUAUCAGGACAGUCCACAUAUGAUGGCUAAGAGUGAAAAAGGAUGAUGUUUGUGUGUCAUAAAUUGUAGUUCUGUAACAAAGUACAAAAUGGCACAAAUGUGUUUAUUUAUUUGUAGGCUGGAUAAUGAUUGAAAAUUAUUUUUUAUUACAUGAAAUAAUAAAAUAAAUAGGUUUGU